AUGCUACUUGAUGCAUCCAACGCGCUAUGGAUUGGUAAUUUAAAUUCGAACAAUGUUCAAAAAUAUACUCUAGGUGCAUCAAACGUCUCAGUAGUUGCAGGCCAAGCAAAUGGAACACGUGGGAACUCCUCCAAUACUCUAUUUGAGCCAGUUUGCUCGGCUUUUGGUUCAAAUGGUAGCCUGUAUAUUUCAGAUAGACGUAAUUCUCGAGUUAUGCUUUGGCCGAAUGGUGCAUCAAGUGGCUUGCUUUAUGCUGGAACAGGUGUUUCUGGAAGCGCAAAUAAUCAAUUGAAUAAUCCUACCGGAAUUAUAUUUAAUACAACUUCAGGUGUUUUAUAUGUCGCAGAUGCAGGUAACCAUCGUAUAAUGGCAUAUUUUCCCGGUAAUACGACAGGAACUGUGGUCGCUGGUGGAAAUGGUGCGGGAAACAGUAAUACACAACUGAGUCAACCUUACUGUUUUCUUAUUGAUUCAGUCACAAAUAGUUUUAUAAUUGUUAACUACGGUAGUCAUACAAUUGUUCGGUGGGUUAUGGGUGCUAGCAGUUGGACACUUCUUGUUGGCAGUCCCGGAAACAGUGGUAGUACGUCGACUCUACUUUCUUCUCCAGUAGGUGCCGCCAUGGAUCCAUAUGGAAAUCUGUAUGUUGCUGAUACUAACAACCAUCGCAUCAUGUUUUUUCUUGCUGGGCAAUCAAAUGGCACAAUAAUUGCAGGUGCGACUGGCACUGCCGGUUCAAAUGCUAUUCUUCUUAGCAAUCCAUACUGGAUCGUAUUAGAUAGUCAAUUAAAUUUCUAUACUAUGGAUACUGGAAAUUCUCGAGUGCAGAAAUUUCUACACUAUUAA